GCGGCAAACCUUCAGGUUCCCAUGGCAACCAAGAACGCGUCUCCGGGGAGAUGGGGCUGCGCCGCAGCGGGCGCGUUGCCAGGCUUCGCUGCCCGGCCCCGCACGCGCCCAAGCCCCAACGCCCGAGGCAGCGCGCAGGGAGGGGAAGGAGGGAGGGCCAGCUCCGGCUCAGGCGCGCCCCCCGGCCCUCCGAAAAUGGGCGGGGCGGGGUUCCGGCCCCGCCUCCUCGCGCUCUCCUGCGGGCGAUGCUCCCGCGCUGCGGGAGGCGUCCGGGCGCGGGGGGCGGGGCAGGGGAAGCCCCGCAGACUUUGCCACGCCCCACUGACUCCCCGUCCCCACCUGUCACGGGAGGGGAUGUGGACUCGCUCCCGGACCCCAGUCGCGCCCCCUCGAACUCUAUCCAAUCUAAACCACGAGCGCUUCUCCAACAGCCAAUCAGAAGCGAGCAAUGAGCCAAGAGCCUGCCCCCAGCGUCUGCUCCGGCCUGAAAGUGGGAUCGCGGGCGGCAUCGAAAUCUGCAUCAGCUUCCCCACCGAGUACAUCAAGACGCAGCUGCAGCUGGACGAGAGGGCCAAGCAGCCGCGCUACACCAGCAUCCUUCACUGUGUGAAGCUGACCAUUCAGGAGCACGGCUUCCGGGGCCUCUACCGGGGCCUCAGCUCCCUGCUCUACGGCUCCAUCCCCAAGUCGGCCGUGAGGUUCGGCAUGUUUGAGUUCCUGAGCAAUCGCUUCCGAGAUGCCGACGGCAAACUGAGCAACAGAAAGAGCUUUCUCUGCGGCCUGGGGGCCGGUGCCACGGAGGCCGUGGUUAUUGUCUGCCCUCUGGAAACCAUCAAGGUGAAAUUCAUUCACAAUCAGACGUUCGGAGAAAUUAAAUACCAAGGAUUUUUCCACGGAAUCCGUGAGAUUGUGAGGGUACAAGGCGUGCAAGGAAUCUACCGGGGCCUCACGGCCACCAUCAUCAAGCAGGGAUCCAACCAGGCCAUCCGCUUCUUCACAAUGACCUCCCUCCGCAACUGGUACCAAGGUGACAAUCCCCAGAAAAAGAUCAACCCUUUCAUCACAGCCACCUUCGGGAUGACCGCAGGAGCCGCCAGCGUCUUUGGCAACACCCCAGUUGAUGUGGUAAAAACACGGAUGCAGAGCCUGGAAGCGAACAAAUACAAAAGUACGAUUGACUGCAUCUCCCAGAUCUAUAAAAACGAGGGCCUGCUGGCGUUUUACAAGGGAACUAUCCCGCGCCUUAGCAGGGUUUGCCUGGACAUGGCCGUUGUCUUUGUCCUGUAUGAGGAAAUCAUGAAAUUUCUCAACCUGAUCUGGGUAACCAAUUGAGGAGACCGCCAAGUGGACACCGGCUGUGGCCUUCCAGACUGCUGAUGGUGAUGGGUGGUGGGAGCCACCAUCCACCUCCAUUGGCUCCCACCUUGGUGGGCAUCCUGCACGAGCCCCCAACCCCAGCUUUUCUUUAAACCUCGGCUAGAAUUUGUCAGCAGCCUGAGCUUUAGCCCUCCCUUCUCUAAAGGAGGGGGGACCAAAGCCUCUUCUGUGGGAGCCGCCAGCACUCGGCCAGUGCCUGGGGGCCCUCCUCGUGGGCCUGCAUUUUGCCGCCACAAAGGCGCCUGGAGUGCAGCCGAAGUGGACAAAGACAAGGGGAUGAGAAGGGGGGAUUGGGGGGAGCAGCCACCUGGUUCAGAGGCAGAGGUGGGAGAGCGGCUGAGGUGGGUGAGCGGCUGAGGUAGGAGGGCUGCCGUGUUCCCCAGAGCCACUCAUGUUGUUCCGUGACCUCCGUGGCUCUUGGGGCCAGGGAAGAGCCCACCAGGGGGUCCUCGGGCAACGUACCUUCACUCCUGGUGCCACCUUGAUGCUUCUCAGGCUGUUAUUUGUCCCAUUUCUGAUGAAAUUGAUUCUCACGUUCUAACUUUUCUUGCCAAGAGACUCAAUAAACCUUUGAGUGAAGUUGUUUAAAAGGCUUCAGAAUUCUAA